GAGGGGGUGCAGUAGCUACGUGGCUUAAAGGGAUAGUGUGUGAAAACCCCAGGUGUGGAGCUGAAUCCAGCACGGGGGUGCAACCUCCUUUCCUUCUCGCUUAAUGCACACAGCUUGGGCACAGGAAAGGACAAAGCAAGGAGGUCCAAAUGGCCAUGGGCAGAGUGAGACUGGAGAUGAGGAGGAAAUUCUUGAGGGGACCCCUUUGCUGCCCACCAUGAGCACAUGAGGCAGAUGAUGAGGAGCUUCUCCGAUCCGUUUGGGCGGGAUCCAUUCCUCAGCCUGCCAGGUGGUGUGGAGAGCAGAGCAGAGUGGAGGGCAGGCCCAGACACGCAGCUGGCCCUCCGCGGGGGCGGCAGGGCAACAAGCUACUCCCUCAUGCCCUUUGGAGGCUUUGGCAGACUGCAGGAUGCAGAUUUUGGGGACCCUUUUUUUGCCAUGGACAGGAUGAUGUCAAAGAUGAGAAACAGCAUGCUGGAAAUGCAGAGGAAAUUUGAUGACCUGUCUGUGCAUCCUGAUGCCCACACAUUCAGCUCCUCCUCUGUGAUGACCUACUCCAGAGUAGGUGAUGAACCACCCAAAGUCUUCCAAGCCUCGGCUCAGACCCGCACAGCCCCAGGAGGUGUUAAGGAGACAAGAAAAGCCCUGAGAGAUUCUGAAAGUGGAGUGGAGAAGAUGGCCAUUGGUCACCACAUCAAGGAUCGUGCUCAUGUCAUCAAGAAAUCCAAGAACAGCAAGACAGGGGAUGAGGAAAUGAACCAAGAAUUCAUCAACCUGGAUGAGACUGAGGCCCAGACCUUUGAUGAAGAAUGGCAGAAGGAGAUUAUGAAGUUCAAGCCAUCAAGAUCUCGAGGCCAUCUGGAAGCUCCAAAGUACAGCAGUAUUCAUCAUGUACCCAAAGAGAAGCCCCUUGCCAUCAAGGCUGCCAGGGAGCCCAGAGCUUCUGUGGAGAGCCUCAACGUGAGAGGAACACACCUGCCCCUCAAGAGCAGCAAAAAAUAAAUGGCUUCCAUGUGGCUGCUGCUGCUGGUGCUGCAUUGCUUCUGUUGAUCUAAGUACACAUCUCUCCAUGACCAAUUUCUGUUCUUUGUGCUACUGAGCAGUCCUGUGCCUUUCUACUCCCCUUCUCCUGACAGCUGAAUGUCCUUGACAGCUUCAACUCAAACCAUCUCAUGGCAGCAGGUUAAAAGCCCACCCCCUUCUCCACUUCAGAGCACUUUAAUGGAUUAGCAGGAAUUCUGCUGGGGAAAAAAAAAACAACCAACCAACCCCAAACUUCUGAUCUGCAAAACUUUUCUGCACCCAGCUCAGACUUUUUAUUCAGCCUGGUGAUGCAGCUGCUUUCCCCCCCCACGCUAAAUGGCACAGGAAGUAAAUUCUGUGUGUGUGGCUGAAAUAAUUAUUACUUUUUUUUUAGGUGAUAGAGUAAUUAAUGGCAAUAUAAAUACACUGGAGCCAUUAAAUAGAUAUAUAAUAUAUAUAUGUCUUCUAAAUCAGACUGUAAAUUGUUAUAGAACCCCCAGAUUCACCUCCUUUACGUAAAGAAAAGCAAGAGGCAAUAGAUUGAAGUCUUUGCCAUAGUAGGACAUUGUAGUUUAUCAGCAUUCUGUGAUUCAGAAGUUGUUUUCCAUCUCAUUUUUUCUCUGUAUUUCUACCUAUAGAGGUCACCCAAUUUUUAUUUUUUUUUUCAUUCUUUGAAGCUUUUCUGUAGUAGCUUUUAACUGUUUGGUGUUAAUCCCACACUGUGUCCUCAAAGUGAGCUGUGACUUCAUUAUUCAUCAGCAAGAUGUGGGAGGACAUUGGGUUGAGGAAGCAGGAGUGGAAGUGGAUAACCAACACUGCACCAUUUCUUCUGCUCUGGAAGCCAAGAGGAGCCUGGUGUGCAGGGAAGCAUUUCCCUGCCAGCUGAGCUGUGCUUCCCUCCUGUUGUGUCCUGUUUGACUGGAUGUAGCCUGGAAAUCCAACACCAGAUCCCCCUUGGUGUUGGCUUUUGGUACUGUUUGGUGGAGCUCUCAGGUUCUCAGCCUCGUGUCAAGAACCAGAGAGGCUUCUGUGUCAGCAGUGUUGGAGUUCAGGGAAGACUUUGUUAGGCAGAAUUGAUCCCUGUGGGAUGGCAUCAAGAACUUCUGUAGGCUAGAACAUGAGAGCAGUAGCACUGGAGGGUAGGUCUCAAGGCUAAAACAUUUAGUGUGGCCUUAAAAAUUGACAUAAUUGAUAUCAGAAAAUAGCUUUAGUAACUUAAGGUUUGGCUAAGAAGGAGGUGGCCUUUAAAUCCUCUCUUCCUGCAGAUUUCCCAGGUUAUUUAAUUCCAUAUUAACAGGUAAAAAGAAAACUACUUUGGAACUCUGAGAGGGACAUUGAAUAAUUAAAAGCUCCAAAAGUCCCUUUUAAUUAUUUUGAAACUUUUAUUUUCUGACCAGGAAAUUGUCCAGAGUUCCAAAACACCUUUUAACUAUUUUGAAGCUUUUCUUUUCUGAGCAGGAAGUUUGCCCAGAGUUCCAAAAGAAGCCUGAAUUAUUUUUUAAUUCCUUUAUCUAUUCUGCUAAGGAAAUUGUCAGAGUUGAGGUUGAAUUGAUUUAAAACAAUUAUUUCUUUGCUUCUUUAUAAUGCAAUAAGCUUGGUGUCUUCCUCUUACUGGAGCAAUAAAUCCUAGGGGCAGUAAUUUUGUGCUGUUGAAUCAUUUUCUGAGUGGUUCAGGUAAGCAAGGCAGUGAGUGGGUCACAGCCUCCAGCAGGAGGAGAGGCUGAAACUCUGAUCCCAGAGGAUCAGCUCUUGCCCCAGAACACUGAGUCUGAAGGAUGCUCUCUGAAAAUGAGCCUCCUCUUCCACCCCUGCAGCCAAGAUGAAUUUUGCAGUGGAUCUCAUGGGGAGUUUAAGGACAAGGAGGCAUUUUCUAGGUCUGUCACUCAAAUUUCAGAGUCAUAAAGAGUACCAAAACUUUGCAUACAGCUUCCCAAGGCUGUGGUUGGACGGGUGCUGCUCUUCAACAGAAAAAUAAAUUAACUGACAAUUGAGACUCUUGGCUCUGCUUCAUGAGAUGGGGAAAUUCCAGGUGAUCAAUACAAGGGCAGGUUUUAAACUGAGAGCAGGAAGAGGCUAACUGAUGACACUCAACUUUGUUAUGCAAGGCACCAACGGCCUGAAACGUCACACAGAACAAACUGUUCUUCAUUGAAAUACCCAAAGCUGUAGUUCUUUAA